CGAGCGUCAGGCGGCCUGGCAAACCACCCUGAAGGAGCGGCAGAGUCGGGUGUUGGCACUGUGGGCUUUGGACUGCGUGAGACCAGGACCCAGCGAGCAGGCAGAGAACCCCAGCAGCAGCGAGCAUGGCCACGGCGAGCACCUCAGGGCAAGGCACCUUCAGCCUGGGCAGGAAAAAGAAGAACCCCGGCCUGAUGGAUCAGAUUAGCAAAUUCUUUGGAGGGGACAAAAAGAAGAGGAGCAAGGGGUCGUUCCGGGGUCACCUGGCCGCCUCGCCCCAGCAGUCCUCCUCCCGCCGUCGGACCAAUGAAAACGCUGUGGUGCAUUUCUUCAGGAGCAUUGUUUCUUCUCCUCGUCCUAAAUCCAGGGCCUCGUCGCCGCGUGCCGAGAGCGCGAAGUCGCCGGUUAGGAGACGCAGAGACCAAAGCACGCUGUCCAGAAUCUUCAACCUGUGACGCUCUCAUCAGAGAUCAGGGGACCCAAAAUCCCGCGCACCCCCUAAACGCUGGAGCACCAUCUUCUAAGCUCGCCACCGAGGACCGAACCUCACACCCGACACCGAUGGGACCGGAAGAAGAAGAGAGAGGAGGAGAGGCAGAUCUGCGAGAGGCGGACUCACAACCUCAAGAAAAGCUAACCCACUAACACGAGCCUCCUUCGCCUCCAGACAGAGACACAGUCAGUCACAUUGAAUUAAAUCCACUCUUCAGGCCUGUCAGUGGUUUUCUUAGCAGCUUUAUUUCUAAUCCUACUUAUAAAGACUCAAUCACUUAUAUUUAAAAGAAAAAAAAAAAAGGUUUAACCGUGCUUUAGUUGAGUUUCUGACUGUAAAAAUCAUCUUUGUCUGAUGGUGCUAGUGUCAGC